CCUCCCCGCCCCUCCUUCCCCCUGCUGCGAGCUCCAGAGCCGCAGGACAAAGUGCUUGCGGCGAGGCUAGAGGCCCGAGAGCAGCCAUGGGCUCUGGAGGAGCGGGCCUCCUUGGGGCCCCGGGGCCCCUGUCUCUCCUGCUUCUGCUUGUCACGGGAGGCACGGCCCAGGACUCCCCACCCCAGAUCCUAGUCCACCCCCAGGACCAGCUGCUCCAGGGCCCAGGCCCCGCCAAAAUGAGCUGCCGAGCCUCGGGCCAGCCGCCUCCCACCAUCCGCUGGCUGCUGAACGGGCAGCCCCUGAGCAUGGUGCCCCCAGACAUCCACCACCUCCUACCUGAUGGAACACUCCUGCUGCUGCGGCCCCCUGCCCGGGGACGUGGCCAGGAUGAGCAGGCCCUGUCCACAGAUCUGGGUGUCUACACCUGCGAGGCCAGCAACCGGCUGGGCACAGCCAUCAGCAGAGCGGCUCGGCUGUCUGCGGCUGACCUUCGGGAGGAUUUCCAGACCCAGCCUCAGGAUACAGUGGCCACAGUGGGCGAGCCGGUGGUUCUGGAGUGUGGGCCGCCCAGGGGCCACCCAGAGCCCACAGUCUCCUGGUGGAAGGAUGGCAAACCCCUGGCCCUACAGCCAGGACGGCACACGGUCUCCAGGGGCUCCCUGCAGAUGGCAAGAGCGGAGAAGAGCGAUGAGGGGACCUAUAUGUGUGUGGCCACCAACAGUGCAGGACGACGGGAGAGCCGGGCAGCCAGGGUAUCUGUCCAGGAGCCCCAGACCUAUAAAGAGCCUCUGGAGCUGCUGGCUGUGCACAUUCAGCUGGAAAAUGUGACCUUGCUGAACCCAGACCCCGCAAAGAGCAGCAGGCCUGAGCCUGCUGUGUGGCUCAGCUGGAAGGUGAGCGGCCCUGCGGCACCUGCUCAGUCCUACACAGCCCUGUUCCGGGUCCAGACGGCCCCAGGAGGCCCGGGAGCUCCGUGGGCAGAGGCCCUGCUGGCUGGCUGGCAGAGCGCAGAGCUGGGAGGCCUCCUCUGGGGCCAAGACUACGAGUUCAAAGUGAGACCAUCCUCUGGCCGGGCUCAAGGCCCUGACAGCAACGUGCUGCUCCUGAGGCUGCCUGAACAAGUGCCCAGUGCCCCUCCCCAGGAGGUGACCUUAAAGCCUGGCAACAGCAGUGUCCUUGUGAGCUGGGUCCCACCACCUGCUGAAAACCACAAUGGCAUCAUCCGUGGCUACCAGGUUUGGAGCCUGGGCAACACCUCACUGCCCCCAGCCAACUGGACUGUGGCGGGUGAGCAGACCCAGCUGGAGAUCGCCACCCGAAAGCCAGGUUCCUACUGCGUGCAAGUGGCUGCCAUUACUGGUGCUGGGCCUGGGCCCCCCAGUAGCCCCGUCUGCCUCCUUUUAGAGCGGACCAUGGAGCGAGCCACCCAAGAACUCAGUGAUGGUCCCUGGACCCUGGAGCAGCUGAGGGCCACCUUGAAGCGGCCAGAAGUGAUUGCUGGUGGGGGUGUUUUGCUCUGGCUUCUGCUGUUAGGCACCGCCGUGUGUGUCCACCGCCGGCGCCGAGCAGGGGUGCACCUGGGCCCAGGUCUGUACAGAUACACCAGUGAGGACGCCAUCUUAAAGCACAGGAUGGAUCAUAGCGACUCCCCUUGGCUGGCAGACACUUGGCGCUCCACGUCGGGCUCCCGGGACCUGAGCAGCAGCAGCAGCCUCAGCAGCAGGCUAGGCGUGGACCCCCGGGACGCCAGGGACUGUCGUCGCUCCUUGAUCUCCUGGGAUCCCCGAAGCCCGGGUGUGCCCCUGCUUCCCGAUACCAGCACUUUUUAUGGUUCUCUCAUCGCUGAGCUGCCUUCUGGCCCCCCAGCCCGGCCAAGCCCCAAGACCCCAGCUGUCAGGCGUCUCCCACCCCAGCUGGCCCGGCUUUCCAGCCCCUGGCCCAGUCCAGACAGCCUCUGCAGCCGCCGGGGCCUCGCUUCUCCGCGCUUGCCUCUGGCCCCUGCAGAGGCUUGGAAGGCCAAAAAGAAGCAGGAGCUGCAGCAAGCUAACAGCUCCCCACCCCUCCGGGCCAGCCACCCUCUGGAGCUCUGGGCCUGGGAGUUGGGGAAUAGAGGCUCCAAGAACCUUUCCCAAAGCCCAGGUUAUUGUUCCCCAGGAGCUGUGCCCCAGGCUCUGGUUGCCUGGAGGGCCCUGGGACCACAGCUCCUCAGCUCCUCCAAUGAGCUGGCUUCGCGCCCUCUCCCCCCAGCACCCCUCCCUUCUCGUGGAGCCCCUGCUCAGAGUCAGCAGACCCAGCACUCUGCGGAGCCCCGAGCGCCCCCCUCCCUCCCACAGCCAGCUGGCCCCCUCCCCAUCCUGAUCGCCUCCAGCCCCCAGGCCUCUUCCCUCUCUGGUCCCAGCCCCGAGUCCAGUCGUCUGUCCAGCUCCUCACUGUCAUCCCUGGGGGAGGAUCAGGACAGUGUGCUGACUCCCGAGGAGGUGGCCCUGUGCCUGGAGCUUAGUGAAGGUGAAGAGACCCCCAGGAAUAGUGUCUCUCCUAUGCCAAGGGCUCCUUCACCCCCUGUCACCUACGGCUACAUCAGCAUCCCGACAGCCUCAGAGCUAGCAGACGUGGGCAGGGCUGGAGGAGGGGUGGGGUCCGAAGUGAGGGGCUUGCUGUGCCCACCCCGGCCCUGUCCCACCCCUACCCCCAGCGAGGGCUCCUUGGCCAACGGCUGGGGCUCUGCCUCUGAGGACAACGUCCCCAGUGCCAGAGCCAGCCUCGUCAGCUCCUCUGACGGCUCCUUCCUCGCCGACGCCCACUUCGCCCGGGCCCUGGCCAUGGCCGUGGACAGCUUUGGCUUUGGUCUGGAGCCCAGGGAGGCGGACUGCGUCUUCACGGAGGCUUCCUCACCUCCCUCCCCCCGGGAUGACCUCUUCCUGACCUCCGCCCUCUCCCUACCCCUGUGGGAGUGGAGGUCGGACUGGCUGGAGGACAUGGAGGACCACCACAGCCAGCGGCUGGGAAGGGGGCUGCCUCCCUGGCCCCCCGACUCUCGGAUCUCUUCCCGAAGAAGUCAGCUCGACCGUCCUGAGCCCAAGGCUGGCAACUCCUCAUGAGCUGUGCCCGAGACUGCCAAGAAGAGAAUCAAACCACCCCCCUGUGGAGUGUCAGUCUUGGCCUGCACUUCUCUGCAGCUGGGGGACCACCUUGCCCGGCCUCCCGGAGAGCUCUCGUCCUUCCGGGAUUGUGAAAACAGAUGAAAGCACAACAAAAUAAGCACAAAGCAGACCUGGAGCCCUCAGGGAGCAAAAAACCAUCCUGGCCUGACUCAUCGCCCUUGCUUUCUCCUCCUUCCAUCCAUCCCACAGCCAAGUCUUCUGGCCUGAGAAGCAGCCUUAUCUCCCAAUCUCCCCACCCACUUGGAUCACGGGAAGUAGGGGAGCCAGAGGUCUUUCCAGAGGACAGCAGCAGCUUGUGGGACAGGCGGUAAGGGAAGGAGCUUUACAGAGCCACCCCUCUCGGGAGGGGACCAUUCAUUCCCACAGGGGCGGGCUCACCUCUCCCCAGCCACACCCGGGAGAGGAAGAAAGGAGGACCCACUGACCAGCCCCGAAGCGGUGAGGCCCGACCUUGCUACCAAGGCAGAGGGGUCAGCUUGGAUCCAGGGAGGGAGCUGUGAGGGAAGGGAGGUGGGGAAAUGGAGGACAAAGCCCCCUCCUCAUACUGUGGACUCUAUGAGCUUCAGAAAUUAAUACCAUAAAACUGUCAUGACUUGAGUGCGGUGAGAUCAUUCCCCAGAGCACCAUUUUGGGGAGGGUACCCGGAGAUAUGGGAAGAAUUCUGAGUUCCAAAGGGCUCAGGCACUCGUUGGCACUCAGGGAGAGUCACUUAGUUCUGUUCUGUGAUUGAGGGAAGAAUUACACGGGUCCUUCGGAUUCUUCUGGUCGGCUGGUCUUCGCAACUUGUCCUAGGAAGACAACUCCUUCUUUCAGCGGUCCCAGCUCCCCCCCCCGCAAAGACCAGUCCCAGAUGCUUAAGACCAGAGGGUUUCUUAAAAUAGACGAAGUAGCUUCAUUCCCCAAAAGGUAGAACCACCUGUAAUGGUUGGCUAGUGAACACCCUUCAGACAAAACAACAGAACAGAGAAAUGGAGCCGACUGCCAGGGCCAGAGCCACAGAAAGUUCCAGAAGGGCCCGGUCCUUCUAACGUGGAGGGAAAGGCAGGAGCAAAACACACAAGUUGGGGGCGACAGUGCUCCUAAGCAAGACCAGGGGCCACAGGAGGAUGCCUUUAGGGAGGGUCAAUUAGGAAGCAGGCCCUGAAAGGGGGUGAUGACCCCCCAAACCUAAGCCACUCUACCUAGAGGCCACUCUGAACUCACAGGCCGAGUGAGGCAGGGCCUGGGGGACACGGUGCUGCCUGAACUACCAGUCUGGGCUGGAGUGUCUUCGUCUCAGGAUGAGAAAUCAGUGCUCCGGAUACAUAUCCGUUCCUCUCUCUUUGCUUUUCCUUUUUUGGAUUUUGUUUUACUUUUAGCUUCCUGGUAAAA